UAGGGAUGCUCUCUGUCAGCCUUAGCCAGAGCCACCAAACGGGAGGAGGCAACCAGACAGAACUUCUGCUUUGAAGGGAAGUUAAGCUCUCUUGGCUGUAGAGGGUGAAAGAUGGAGUGGCCACGCCCUCCCUUCUAACCACCAGCACCCCUGUCUAUAGGGCUGACUCAGCCUGUUCCAAGGCCCAGAACCUUCUUUUGCUAGACCCUAGAGCCUUUGUCUUUAGUCAUGAGGCCUGGUGGGGUGGGGACAGUAGAUAAAAGGCCCCAAAGGCAGCAUCCACACCCUUCCACUGAACUGCUGUCCACAUGAAGCCACCAAUGCAACCCCUAGCCCAGGCCCUGCCCUUCUCUCUUGGAAAUGUUCUUCGAGGUGCAGGUCUCCAGGUGCCUGUCAUUAAGAUGGGCACGCGGUGGGAGAGCUUACAGCAAACUCUGAAGGAAGUUGCCUACAUGGCCCUGUGCUGCUGGUGUAUCAAGGAACUGCUGGAUUAGUGGUGACAGGGAAACCUGUCACCCACACCAAGACCUGAAUCACUCAGCUCUAAGAUUCCCAGAGGCAGCUGGCCUUCACCAAGGAUGGACCACCAACACGUGAAGAGUAAAUUAUGGACCCUGCUUUGAGUUGUCCAUCUGUCUGACUUGCCUCAUCCUAGGGCAUCCUGUCUCUGGUGUACUUCUGGUAGGCAUGAGCUUGGCUUGCUGGCUAAGACUCCAAUGAAACUGCAGCAGGAUGUAGUACUCCUCCAAAAUUGGCACCGUGAGCCUCUACCAACCCAGAUGACUGAUCUGGCCAUGUACUUGAAGAACCAGGAAUGGACUGGCCCUAAAAUCUCUGGUAAUCAUUGAACUACACAUAUAAUAAAUAGGCCUUGAGGCCAGAAU